GAGGGGGAAUCUAUUUAUAUGGCCUAAUCUUCGCACUUUGAUUUUUGGGGCAGUGGUUAGACUGUAAGUGCUGUAUAAGCCAGUGAAUGAGCGACCUCCCGCCAAAACCCGCCAAGAAGAAAGCAAUGGCGUCUGCAAAGACGCUUAGAGAUUUCUUACAACCUGCAAAGCGCAUAAAGGUAUCCUCCUCUGUCGAACCUUCAAACCCACUAAAUCAUCAAUUUAACCCAAUUCCUUCCAAAUCCAUCACCGAUUCUUCCUCCUCCGCCCUUACCGCCGUUCAACGAUCGCGUAUUGAGUUCAAUAAACUGCGUGCAAAGGCGAAGCGAAAUCUCAAUCUCUGUUUACAAUUAGUUUCCAAGUCCAAAAGCGAAGGUGUGGGUUAUGUGAAAUUGGAGAAACUACUAGUGGAGGAGACUUGGUUAGAAGCGCUUUCCGGGGAGCUCCAAAAGCCCUAUGCGAAGACUCUUUGUAAAUUUCUUGAAAAUGAGAUAUGCAAUGGCAGUGUACCCAUAUAUCCACCCCAACACUUGAUAUUCAAUGCUCUCAACUCCACCCCUUUUGACGGUGUCAAGGCUGUUAUCAUUGGACAGGAUCCUUACCAUGGUCCUGGUCAAGCAAUGGGCCUUUCAUUCUCUGUUCCUGAGGGAAUCAAACCGCCUUCAAGUCUUGUCAACAUUUUUAAGGAACUUAAACAAGAUCUUGGCUUUGCUAUACCCUCUCAUGGAAAUCUAGAACGAUGGGCUAUUCAGGGUGUUCUAUUGCUCAAUACUGUUCUUACAGUUAGGAGUCAUCAAGCAAACUCUCAUGCUAAAAAAGGAUGGGAACAAUUUACAGAUUCUGUUAUCAAAACAAUUUCACAGAAUAAAGAAGGAGUUGUUUUUCUCCUUUGGGGAAACUCUGCUCAAGAGAAAUCCAGGUUAAUUGAUGGAACAAAGCAUUACAUUCUGAAGGCAGCACAUCCUUCUGGUUUAUCUGCAAAUAGAGGGUACUUUGGUUGCAGGCAUUUCUCUCAGACAAACAAGCUUUUGGAGAAAAUGGGAAAUCUUCCAAUAGAUUGGCAACUAACUUCAUUGGACAAUUAACCACUGGUCUUCAUUUAUAGUAUGGGUCAUAUUUUGUGUAUGAAUGUUCUUGUAGGUCAAGUUUUUUUUGGGGCUGCACUUGCACUCAUUUUCUGGCAUUUGAGGUUGUUUGCCAUACGGUUCGGUUACGUUGUUAUUAGCCUUUAUUGCUAGGAAUUAAGAAAUUUCAUCCUUUGACAUAUAUUUUUGUGUUGCCUACUA